AUGCGUUCCACUCAUCUCAUCCUUACCUCUCUCUUCACUUCUGGCCUUGCUUCCGGCAAGGUCUACCCUUCUGGCGCCUCUGAUGCCCUGGCCUUGACCCAGCCAUACUAUCCACCGACUGCCGACUGCUGGGAGUACAAGGUUCCAGUCACCAUCACGUCUGAGAACCUCAUCUUUGACUUUCCCGACUGGAAGGACGAUUAUGCACUCCAAGACUUCCUGACGGCUGCCACAACUCGAGCCAGUGCUGGCUACCCCAGUCCCAUCACCGGCACCAAGAAUGAGACCGAGACCUUCACGCUCGCCGCCUCCUUCUGCACUCCAAAAAAAUCCAGCAAGAAGAAGACCGUCAUUCUUGCCACCCAUGGCAUCGGACAGGCUCGCACUCAUUGGAACUCUGCCUACGAGCCUGACAAGUACAACUUUGUUCAGCACGCCAUCAGCCAGGGCUACUCUGUCUGGUUCUAUGAUCGCCUAGGCACCGGUGAAUCUGAGAAAGUCUCUGGCUUCACCAACCAGCUUCGUAAGCAAAAGACCAUCCUCGUUGAGCUCGCCAAGCUAGUCAAGGAUGGCCAGUACACUGGCACAUUUGGAAAACCCAACAAGCUCGCCGUCAUGGGCUUCUCUUUCGGAUCUUUUGUCACUCACUUCGCCGUGGCUGAAAACCCAGACAUUGCCGACGCUGCUAUCUUGACUGCCAUCAACUACAACACAACUGGAUUGAAUGCAAACGGACUAGUUCGCUCUUUUGUUCCUCGGGUCGCAUCUCUUCAGAACCCUCGUCGCUUUGGGCUCCUUGACCCUGGAUACCUGACCUGGGUUGAUAGCGUUGCGCAGAUCAACACGUACUUCAAGUAUCCCUACUAUGAUAUGCCUACUGCAUCCUACUGCGAAGAAUACAAGCAAGCAUUCGGCAUCGGAGAGUUUCUCACCAUCACCGAUGGCAACUUUGAUGCCAGCCGCUUCACUGGCGCAGCUCUCGCCAUCACGGGCAAGACCGACUACAUCAUCUGUGAUGGAGAAUGCGAGGGCAUCUUCGAGGAGCCUGCCCGCACCAUCUGGAAGAAUGCCAAGUUCCAGCCGUACCUCCACCCGCACGCCAGCCACAACUUCAACUUCCACCACAACGCCACUGGAGCGUACAAGGUUAUUACCAACUUUUUGGAGUCUAACGGUCUUUAA